GCAAGGUCAUCGGAGGGAAAUGACGGCUGAGGGAGAAGGGAGAGUAAGGCUGGCAGGAGCCAGGAGACCACAGGGGAAAUGUGGAGCCCUCUCUUGGGUCUGGAUGGAUGUGGGGGGCAGGAGCCCAGAGUGUGGCCAGGGGCCCGAAACAGGAGGAAGUGGAAUUUGCCCCAGGAUGGCAAGGGCCUGCUGAGGCUCCACCCAUGGCCUCUCUCGAAACACAGGAGACUGAAGCAACCCCAGCCAAGGAAGACCAAAUGGACUUGGGGGCCAAGGAGACAGGGUACCCAGGCCCACCACGGCAGCGGUCCUGGCUGGGAUGCCAUUGCUCCCUGUUGCUGAGGCGAGACCAGCAGGCCCAGAAGGCUGGGCAGCUCUUCUCAGGGCUCCUGGCCCUCAAUGUGGUGUUCCUGGGUGGAGCCUUCAUCGGCAGCAUGAUCUUCAACAAUGUGUCCAUCACUCUGGGUGAUGUGUGGAUCUUGCUGGCUGCACUGAAGACACUGUCCCUUCUGUGGCUCCUGUACUACAUGGUGGGCACCACACGGCAGCCUCACGCAGUGCUCCAUCGCGACCCUCAUGCAGGACCCGUCUGGGUGCGGGGCUCUCUGGUGCUCUUCGGCAGCUGCACCAUCUGCCUCAACGUCUUCCGCAUCGGCUAUGACGUGAGCCACAGCCACUGCAAGUCACAGCUGGAGCUCGUCUUCCCAGCCAUUGAGAUCAUCUUCAUGGGCUUCCAGACCUGGGUGCUCUGGAAACAUUGUAAGGACUGUGUUCAAAUCCAGACCAACCUCACUAGGUGUGGCUUGAUGCUGACCCUGGCCACAAACCUGCUGCUGUGGGUUCUGGCUGUGACCAAUGAUUCCAUGCACCAUGAGAUCGAGGCUGAGCUCAGCGCCAUCAUGGAGAAGUUCUCAGGCAAUGGGACCAACACCUGUCUGUGCCUCAACGCCACAGCGUGCGAGGUCUUCCAGAAGGGCUACCUGAUGCUCUACCCCUUCAGCACUGAGUACUGCCUCAUCUGUUGCGCUGUGCUCUUCGUCAUGUGGAAGAAUGUGGGCCGCCACCUGGUAGCCCACGUGGGCACCCACCCCAACUCCCCACCCUUCCGCCUGCACGGCGCCAUCUUUGGGCCGCUACUGGGCCUGCUGGCACUGGUGGCGGGCGUGUGCAUCUUCGUGCUCUUCCAGAUCGAGGCGAGCGGCCCCAACAUUGCCCGCCAGUACUUUACCCUCUAUUACGCCUUCUACGUGGCCGUGCUGCCAGUCAUGAGCCUGGCGUGUCUGGCGGGCAUGGCUAUCCACGGGCUGGAGGAGCGUGAGCUGGACACACUCAAGAACCCGACCCGAAGCCUGGACGUGGUGCUGCUGAUGGGCGCCGCGCUCGGCCAGAUGGGCAUCGCCUACUUUUCUAUCGUGGCCAUCGUGGCCACUCACCCCAACGAGCUGCUCAACCAGCUCAUCCUGGCCUACUCCCUGCUGCUCAUCCUCCAGCACAUCACCCAGAACCUCUUCAUCAUCGAGGGCCUGCACCGCCGCCCGCUGUGGGAGGUGGCUCCCCAGGGCCUGGCGGGGAAGCCAGAGGCCGAGCACUCCCGCAGGGGCUCCCUGCUGGAGCUGGGCCAGGACCUGCGAAGGGCCUCACUGGCCUACAUCCACUCCUACAGCCACCUCAACUGGAAGCGGCGUGUGCUCAAGGAAAUCUCACUCUUCCUCAUCCUCUGCAACAUCACACUGUGGAUGAUGCCUGCGUUUGGCAUCCACCCGGAGUUCGAAAAUGGCCUGGAGAAGGAAUUCUAUGGCUACCGGACAUGGUUCACCAUUGUCAACUUCGGCCUGCCUCUGGGCGUGUUCUACCGCAUGCAUUCUGUUGGGGGGCUGGUAGAGGUCUACUUGGGGGCCUGAGCUCUCCAAGAAAUCACCCUCAUGGAACUCCAAAGGGCCAAAGGAAGAUGGUGGCCCAAGGCUCUGUGCAGAUGGCUUAUUCCAAGAGGUGCAGAGGCCCCCCAAAGCCUCCCCCUUCCUGAGAGAGGGAGACACUGCCAGUAGCCCAAGAGCAAGGCCAGGGCAUCGAUACAGCUUUGGAUGCCCACUCCCAGGCCUGGGCUCAUGCCUGCCCCCGCCUUACCACCACAGUGUGUGCGGCACAGGCUGACCUCAGGAGGCUGUCAAGGGCUCCACUACUCUCAGGAAGGGUCAGACCUAAAUGAUGGAAUCCAAGGGUGCAGGAGAGCGCACCCCUCCCCAUCCAGGCCUCAGGGCCUGCCUCCUGCGAGGGCCAUGUAGUCCAAGCUUGGCCCAGGAUGUCCAGGGAGCUCAGAGUCCUGCAGGCAGCCCUGCCCCUCUCUCCCCACACACCCAUCUUCUAAUGAGCUCAUUAAUUAGCUGCCAGGCAGGGCUCAACAGCUCUCUCUUGCUACCAUAAACACUGUUUGUUUGAUCGAUUGCAUUCAGGCUUUGUGGCAUUUGUUCCCAGGAAUAGAUGUGACACUCCAGGCACAGUGGGAAGGAUGGUUGUCCUGGGUAGGGCUGUGGCCUGGGACGGUCCCAUUCCUAGGUCAGGAAGGGCCUAAACCAGUCCCUUCUUUGAUCCAUGAGUCAGUGGGAAGAGCUGGGCUGGGGCUCCUGCAGUCCUCACCUCCCCCGCUGAACACCACCCUUUCUCUGGGACAGAGCCUUGGGGAACUUUCUGUAGCCGGGUCACCGGUGGUGGUGAGUGCCAGCCCUGACUGAUUCUCUAAGCCCUGGGGUGGAGCACG